GCACGUAGAAUUGUUCCCUCCUGUGUACACUGCGUUCGCUACAGACCGAAGCUGCUACAACAACUCAUGGGCUCAUUACCGCCUACGCGACUCGCUCCGGCUCGACCCUUUGAACGCUGUGGAGUUGACUUUUGUGGACCCAUCAACACAUAUCUACGCAUUCGAGGAAAGGGACCUACAAAAGCAUACAUAGCCGUGUUCGUUUGCCUUCUCACCAAGGCCGUUCACAUCGAAGUAGUCUCUGAUUUGUCAACAAAGGCGUUCUUAAACGCAUUGAAACGGAUGGGAGGUCGUCGCAAGCUGCCGACAGACAUCUUCUGCGAUAAUGCCACUAACUUUGGCACCUCAUUUCGGAGGCCUUUGGGAAGCGGCAGUCAAGAGUGCAAAGGGGCUGUUAAAUCGUACGCUGGCCAACACCAGGUUCACCUUUGAAGAGUUGAGCACUGUCGUCGUCGAGAUAGAAUCGAUCCUCAACUCGCGCCCGCUAUCGCCGCUUUCGUCAGACCCAAAUGACUAUAGCACUCUCACGGCUGGUCAUCUCUUGGUUGGCGAAUCAUUGCGAUCACUACCUGAAAGGUCCCUCGAGAAUAUCAAGCUGUCAAGUAUGGACCGCUACGAUGCGAUUACGGCCGUCAAGCAACGGUUUUGGAAGCAAUGGUCUGCUGACUAUGUCAACGAAUUGCGAUCGCGCACGAAGUGGACAGCACCAUCAACGAACCUCACCGAGGGCACGUUGGUCAUCAUCCAUGAGGACAACCUGCCACCGCUACGCUGGAAACUAGGCCGAGUGCAGUCUACUAUGCUUGGGAAGGAUGGACUUGUACGGGUGGUGCACCUCCGCACUGCAAAUGGAACAUGUUGCAGGCCAAUACACAAGUGGCAAUUCUUGAGCGCCGCUCAAGACGAAAACGCUCCCAAGGCUUGAGUUAUGUGCCGCUCA